GACUUUUCUACUUCCUACAGCAAUCCCUCCCAUUUUGUUCCACUGCUACUCAAAUAUAAAAAUAACUAGGUAAAAUAGUACAAUACCAAUGGCUCCGCGAAAGCAAAGGAAUUUGGCUGUUCUACAUGAGCCGCUUCCUUCAACCAGUGCGCGUCUUGAGACAGAAUAUGAAAAAGCUCUCUGUCAGACCAAAUUAAUUAUCGGCGAAGAAAAGAAUCGGGUCCUACGCGUUCAUGCCUUACUUGCGGAUCAUGAUAAAGAAGAUCUAUGUUCCGAAGUUGAAGAUACCAAAUCGCACCUAGCACGAGCAGAGAAGAUUGGUUCAGAAGCACAGGAGCAGUUGAAGCAAGCACAGAAUGAUAUCGACCACUUACGAAAUUCGCUUCGGGCCCACUUACGGGAAAUUGACGAUUUAAAGUCAAACAUAAGCGAAUUACAAGUGACAGUAGCCGACUCGAGUAAGCUGCUGGCAGAAAAACGAGCCAUGACGCGAGAAAUAUCCAAUUUGAAACACGAAAUUGAGCACCUGAGAUCACAAAACUCGUCUCACCAGGCUUUGAUGUCUGAGAAGCUGUCGCUAGAACGCCAGCUACGCUCGCUAGAAGUCGAGCUUCAAAACGAGAAAAAUGCGUUAGAAAAGGCACGGCUGAAGUGUCUGGAACAAAGUGAGAUGGACAGCAAGAUUAUCAGCGAAUUGGGGGAGUUUAAUAAGGAACUUGCAAGAGAGCGGCGUGAACGGGAAAAAAUUGAAAAUGACAUGAAAACUGAAGCGCUCGAGUGGGCGCGCCAUCGAUCGGUUCUCGAAAACAAGCUGGCUACGCUUCGAAAUAAGUUACGGCAGUCAAAGGAUAACAGCGACUUAGACCACCCUACAAUAUUGGAUGAUGUUGGACAGGAAGACCAGAGACGGAAGAGAAGCACUUCUAGGUUUGAGACGGAGAUAACGAUAGCCACACCAGGCGCAGCUGCAGCUCCCCGGAGAAUCAGCAGGGUGCCCACUGUGCCCGGCGAAAAAUCAACGUUCUCCACAACGCCAUUCCUAAAUCGAACCAGUACAACGGCAGAAUCUUCAGACGAGUCCGAGACUAAUUCAGAUGCAGAGGAAGUCCGUAGGCGAACCAAAAGGAUUAAAGAGGAUGCUGAACAUGACCGUCCAAAGCCUCGCAAACCCUCUAGCUCAAAAGCUACAAAACCGACGAAGCAGAGACGUCCGGCAAAAUCGCAAGAUGUAUCCGUCAUGGUGAAUUCCGACGAUGACCACGAAGUUAUGCAAUCCACAAAACCACAACAUGAGUCAUCAACGUCGACGACAAAUAAGAAUGCGGGAAUCAAGCGGAGACUUCUUCCUAGGAAGCCAGAGGGCACGCUGUUUGAUGAUGAUGAAGACGGCUUUGGGGAUCCCAAUAAGGAUAGAAGACGGAUACCAUCUGGAUUUCGAGCUCUCCGGGGAGGUCAGUUCGGGCUAGGUGCGCCGAGUCGACGACUUGGUGGCGGUCGAGGAUUAGAGGCGUAUGCAGAUAUCUCUCCUUUGCGACGGGAUAUUCGAGCUGCGAGAGAUUAGAUAGUUCGCUCCCCUAUAGAAAUACCUACUUCUUUAUUCUUAACGUUUUAUGUACCUCUUGGGAAAAGCAAGGUCAACCGAUCUUAGCGAUCUUUUAUGCGGUGUCCAAUGUACUCCAUUCUAGAGAAAUAAUAGCUACCUGCGGGUUCUGUUGAAAAUUUAAUAUCAUGGUCAUGCCCC